GUUUUUGGAUAUGCUUUAUGAUUAUUAACUGAAUAUUAAUAUCAAACGCAAAUCACGUUAAUAUGUAUAAACUAGAACGGAAUAAUAAAGAUUCAUUCACUUGAUGACAAAAAAAAAUGCGAACACUUGCAUCAACUAAUCGCCGUGUAACUACCACACCGCUCUCUUCUUCUCCUUCAAACGGUUGAAUCUCUCCAGAUCCCAAACCUCUUUCCCGGCAACUCCCGAGACGACGAAGCUCUCUACACGGAGACGAUGAAGCAGCUUCACAAGCAAAUGAGCUCGAAGCGCGACGAUGAUACGAUCCCCAUGAGCCAAUCGUCUCCUUACUCUCCCAAAGCCUUAAAGCAUCCCAGAUCUCUCCCGAGAUCGCUCCACUACCUCUUCCGCGAACAGAGACUCCUCUUCAUCCUCGUCGGGAUCUUGAUCGGAUCAACCUUCUUCAUCCUCCAGCCUUCUCUCUCCCGUCUAUCCCCCGCCGAGUCCACCUCCCUCAUCACCAGAUCCGUCUCCUCCACCAACUACUCGCCUUCCAGGAUGAGUUUCAACUACGGCGGAGGUAAAACCGGACGCGUUCCCGUCGGUAUCGGACCGCGGAGGCUGAGGAUCGUCGUCACCGGUGGAGCUGGAUUCGUCGGGAGUCAUCUCGUUGAUAAGCUGAUAGGGAGGGGAGACGAAGUGAUCGUGAUCGAUAACUUCUUCACGGGGAGGAAGGAGAAUUUGGUUCACCUGUUCUCGAAUCCGAGGUUUGAGCUCAUUCGUCACGAUGUGGUUGAGCCGAUUCUCCUCGAGGUUGAUCAGAUUUACCAUUUGGCUUGCCCAGCUUCACCUGUUCAUUACAAGUAUAAUCCAGUCAAGACUAUCAAGACAAAUGUGAUGGGAACUCUCAAUAUGUUGGGACUUGCAAAGAGAGUUGGAGCAAGGUUUCUGCUUACCAGCACAAGUGAAGUCUAUGGAGAUCCUCUUGAGCAUCCACAGAAGGAGACGUAUUGGGGCAAUGUGAAUCCAAUAGGUGAGAGGAGUUGCUAUGAUGAAGGAAAGCGUACUGCUGAAACUCUGGCCAUGGAUUAUCACCGAGGUGCAGGCGUGGAGGUUAGAAUUGCUCGUAUUUUCAACACCUAUGGACCCCGAAUGUGCCUUGAUGAUGGGCGUGUCGUUAGUAACUUUGUUGCACAGACUAUACGCAAACAUCCGAUGACUGUGUAUGGUGAUGGAAAACAAACUCGAAGCUUUCAGUAUGUUUCUGACUUGGUGGAUGGACUUGUAGCGUUAAUGGAAAACGAUCACGUAGGACCUUUCAAUCUUGGUAACCCAGGAGAAUUCACAAUGCUUGAGCUUGCAGAGGUGGUUAAGGAAGUGAUUGAUCCGAGCGCGACCAUAGAGUUCAAACCGAACACAGCGGAUGAUCCUCACAAGAGGAAACCAGACAUAAGUAAAGCAAAGGAGCUUCUGAACUGGGAACCAAAGAUCUCUCUGCGGGAUGGUCUGCCUCGAAUGGUAAGUGACUUCCGUAACCGAAUCUUGAACGAAGACGAAGGCAAAGGUCUCUAAGUGAGAGUCACACAAAGAUCUUCCUUCUUGGUAAAAGAUUCAUAUAUGUAUAGUCUCUUUUGCAAGAGCUCUGCUAAGUAUUUUUUUUCUUCUCUUCUUUUUCUUGGUUUUUUAUUUUGUUUUUUCACUAGUGACGCAAAUUACUGCCUACAUUACAUAUUAGGUAAUAUUUUUUUGUUGUC